GCUCGUGUAGUCUGGCUUGGUGGGUAGGGUGGUAGACAAUACUUAGCCAAGCAAAGCCUAGCAGUAAACUAGGAUUGUGGUGGAUUUUCAAUUAACAUUCAUUCAUCUCCAAUAGUCUGUCGUGUGAAGUCACGGUUAUGGACUGUGGGCUAUAGAGCGACUUGGACGAGUUGCCAAGUGCCAGUUUGACCAAGUCCAGCUGACAGAGUCACCAUUUUAUUGAGAUGAAACACGGGAUUACAUAUUGUAUUAUAAGAAAAUGUACACUAGUGCUGUGAGUUUUUCUUUUUGAUAUUUACUGAUCAGUUUAUUGGAUAAUAUCAUUCCGUGUUGGAUUGACCAGGCGACAUCAUGUUUAUCUGUGUAAAGUACGGAGACAAUGAGACUCUGAUAUGUAACCCAAUGUGUGCUGUCAUCAACCUCCUAAACAGCAUCAAACGACGAGCUGGAUACGGAAACUCCAACGUCACCGUGGACCUCUCGGACGAGACUGGUCUGGUAAAAGAGCUGGAUAUGCAUAAACAUGAGUAUGCAAAUAAGUUUCUGACGUCACAUGGCACGUACAUAUUAGUACAGAAGGAAAUGAUGUCGGACAAUGUAUCUAUUGAUUCUGGGUCGACACCCUUACCGUCCCAGUACCAGUACACACCACUCUUACAAGAACUGGAGGAACACUUCCCCAACUAUAAACUCCACGUAGAAAAUCUCCAACCUAAAGUUACUAGGAAACGGACAGGAACCAAGUCCCCGAGUCCGGCUGGAAGGUACAGCUCCAAGUCCAAGAAAACGGAAGGCACGUCAAAACGAACCACAGCAAAGAAGCGACAAUAAUAAGGAUUAUAAUUUAAACAGUUGUAUAACAGUUUACUAGUGCAUUAUAAAAAGGACAAAGUAUGUUUCCUGCGAUGAAGAUACGUACAAAAUGAAAACGGCGGUAUAACUUGACUGCAGUGGAAAUAUGACUGACCAAUCAGAACGCAACUUUCUAUUGAAUGCGUUCAAGGCUCCAAAUGUUUUGUUCAUAUGAAGCGAUAAAAUUAUUGAUUUUUUUUUAAAACAGAAAUUUGCUUCAUACAGUAAAUAAUUGACUUAACUACAUCUACUAAUAACAUCUACAGAGAUGAUAGAAUAUUGCAUGACAUCAUUAGAAUAUGUCUUCAGAGAUUACCCUGCUGAUGUUUUCCUGGUUCAUAUUUAAAAUUUGAUAUAAAUCAAAUAAUCGCCAUUGGAUACAGCCAAGGUAAUGCUGAACUAGAUGUAACCAUUAAUAUGAUUUAUUUAUCUUUAAAUGCAUAUACAUGUAUACAUACUCUCACACACAUAAUCACACGCGCACUCACAUAUGCAUACUUGCACACCUUCUCAUACUCAUGUUGACACACAACCACAUUCUCUCCCAGGGUUCCUUGUUAUGGGACAGACCGUCACACCGGAACAGACAUUGUCGGUACCCAUGUGACAUGUCUUCGCAAAGCUCCGAUCGAUCCCGUGGGGGCACUGGAACAAAACAAAUCUCGUAUUCAUGAAUUAUUUAUGAACCAAGUCCAGUAAUCUGAUUGGUUCCGUGUAGAUAACUGCUUCGGAAAAUCUUACCAAUCAGAAACGUCGCUCUUUCUCCGUGGUAAGGUGUAAAAUAACAAACAAUGUCGACACAUGGGAGCAGCCAUCUUGGUAUACCGUUUUUGUUUUCCAGCCGAAGAAGAGAUUCAUCAAUAAAGGGCAUUUUGGUUGGUCGAUAAGAAUAUUAAUAUUCGUGCUAAAAUGAAGGUUUCCAUGCCAGUGUUCCUACGGGCUAAACAAGUGAAACGUAGAGGAGACUCCGUGGGGCUGACGAUGCGAAACAGACCGAUCAUCGGCAUGCCCUUAAAACAUAAACUCACAUCCAUAGACAUCACUUACACUGUAAUGUUAAGGUUACUACUUCCCUCUCUCUGACUAGAUAUUAAUUGUAUUGUAUUUAGGAGAUUUCCAUAAAUAUUGCUCGGCAAGUGUCAUCAUAAAAAGUCUCUGAACAGUACAGUCCGUAUACAACAAAGCUCCUUUCCUAUUCUUCAAAAUCUGAAAUGAUUCCCUUCAGUGUUUGUAUGUGACUGUGAUAUUUAUGUAAGUUACAAUCAACUGUGACGCUAUAAUAUAUAUUUAUUUUUUACAAGUCAUGUUAUACAUGACAGUAGAUCGAAUUAAAGACCUUAUAAAACUAUGAAAA